AUAUCGGCAGUAGUUUACAACUCGAAAAACAUGGCGGCACUUACUAUCUUUUCAAAUGCAUUUAAAUUAAUUGCCAAUAAUUGUUUCAAGAAAUUAACACCUUCUACAAUAUGCAGAACAACAAAUUCAGCACUAAGUCUGUGGGAACCUGGAAGAGCUACUUAUAUUACACGUUUAGGAUGGAUGCCUCCUAUACCAAAACAUCAAGUCGAAGUACCAGAAAUUGAUGAAGAGAAGGAAAAGAUAAUGAAGGAUGUAACAAAGGAAAUCAACAAGCAGAUAGCAAUGGACAAAGUAGGUAGAUUAUUUGCAGUCGUUCACCUGUGCGGUAAACAAUUUAAAAUAACUGAGAACGAUAUCAUAAUUAUCCAAGGACACUGGCCUCCUACAAUAGGUGACAAAAUAAAACUUGAAAAAGUCUUGCUAGUAGGAGGCACAGAUUUCACUCUCAUAGGAAAGCCUAUCUUAAAUGGAGAGUUGGUAUCGAUCAAUGCUACUGUCAUUGAAAAAACAUUGUCAAGUACAAAGUAUCAUUUUAGGAUGAAGAAAAGGAAACAGUACCGUAGAUUAAACUUUUAUCGUACGCCACAUACAAUGCUGAGAAUAAACACGAUAGACAUAAACGGGGAUAUUGAUAAGAGGAAAGGGAUAGAAGAGAUAGAUAGAAUAUAUUAGAAAUUCAAUUAAAUUGUGUAUACAAGAACAAAAAAUAUAUAUUUAAUCUUUAAGAAUAGUAUAUGAAUGAAGAAAACGUUUGAGGAACGAUAAAACAAGCAUAAAAAUCCUCCUCUAUCAUUAUACCUACAUUCAACCAUGUCCUCUGUUGACAUAGACAAAAGAACCAUUCUUCCUAUUUUUUUUAUCCAAAAUCAUUAACAAAUAAUAGAAGUAUAUUCUAUACAACGAUCCGUUUAGAAAAUUUUUAAAUAACAUUAAAAUUUUACAAUCGUUUGCCGUGAUAUUAAUAUGAUAAGAAGAUUUAAUAGAAAUUAUUAGAAGGAUGCGAAAAUAAAAAAUUGAAAUGAUAAAUAUUGUUCAAAAUUAAGAUGAGAGAAAAGCAGCGCGUGCGCGGAAGAAUAAAAGAUAGACGUGAAGAAGGAUAUAUAUGCAAGGGAACGUGUAAUAUAAUUUUCGCUUUUAACGGUUGACGUCAGUAGGCCUUUCGAACGAGAUGAGCACGCCUUUGCCGUGAAAAAUCCAGCGCGUGCGGCCAUGGAAGGAACGCGUGACGCUCUUGUCGAUUGCCAGUCGGCUGCGACGCGUUGCGUGGCAUGGAGGAUUUAGUUCGUGUAAAAUCAUCAUUCAUUCCUGAUUAACGAGUCAAAGCAUUUCGAGGUUUUUGUUGAUAUUCGUUAAUCUGGAAUUUAAUAUCGACAGUGUUUUUCAAAAUCGUAUUGAGGAAUAUUAAAAGGGUGUUUGAUUUAAACGACCGAUUUUUAAUACACAGAAGCAGAAUUAGAAAAAACAUUUCGUUUCGCACAGUGUUUUUUCUUAACGACUUCGUUAACGUACCAUUUCGGAGCAGUCAAAACGAGAUAAA